AUGGAGGUCGCUGGAAAUUCGUCAUUUCUGACAACUGACCUUGACAUGGCCGAGCUGGAUGAUAUGGUUGCCGCCGCCAGGGAUGGGGAUGGGACGGCCACAACAAAGCCCACUGCCGAGACCUCCGCCGGAUCGAGGCCGGGAGGCCCCCCCGCGCCGUCGCUGACCAGAUCGAGGCCAGGCAGCACGCCUCCGCGCCGCCCUUGGCCGGAUCCAGGCCGGGAGGGCCCCUUUGCGCCGCCAUUGACCGGAUCGAGGUCGGGCAGCCACCUCCGUGACGCCCUUCGCCGGAUCGAGGCCGGGCGGCCUCCCCCACGCGCUGUCCGCCACCGUGAGCAGGUGCUCUCAGGAAUCAACGCGAUCAGGAAUCAACGCACAAGAGCAUCAGGAAUCAACGCGAUCGUGUCAAAGCAGCAGGAGGGGCAGGGAUAA